AGUCUUCAGUCCUCAACGAGCUAUCGAAUAGUAAACAGUGGAGUUAGAGUUUUACGAACUUCGAAUGUGUACUAAAAUUAGAAUAUCUUGUUAAAACAAAAUAUACGCGGUCACAGAGAUCGAAUACCAAUAAACGGAUUGAUCAAAUCAAUGUGUAAUUGACAGUGCGUGUAUAAAAACUGUCGUGAGUUUUUAAUUUAAAAAAUGGGUGGGAGAAAUAGUAAAUCUUAUUCUCCGCAAGAAAAUAAACACUCGAGGAGACAAGCAGUUACCACGAGCACAGGCAAAUCAGAAAAACUCGACUAUGUCGAAGAUGUUGUUUGCAACGAGAGUGACAUCAACGAUAAUGAAAUGAAGUUAUUGCCAUUGGGAGAUGAUGGAGGAAAAAUCUUAUUGAUUAAGCAGAAGGGAGAAUUGCACGCUAUAGGAACAAAAUGUACCCACUACGGUGCUCUUCUGCAUACAGGAGCAUUGGGAGACGGAAGAAUCAGAUGUCCUUGGCACGGUGCUUGCUUCAAUAUCAAAACUGGCGAUAUCGAAGAUUAUCCAGGAUUAGAUUCUUUGCCCUGUUAUAAGGUAUCCGUGGACAAUGGGCAAGUAAAAGUUCAAGCGAAACGUAAGGACCUUGAGGCGAACAGACGAAUCAAAGGGAUGUGCUCAUUAAGGAAGGAGUCACCAAAAACUGUUGUGAUAGUUGGUGGGGGACCAGCAGCUGCUACGUGCGCUGAAAGCCUUCGUCAGGAAGGCUUUGAUGGUCGAAUCGUUAUGAUAUGUAAAGAGAACGUUUUGCCAUAUGAUAGGAUAAAGGUUUCCAAAACAAUGGACAUGGAUGUGCAGAAAAUUCUUUUGAGGCCUCAGAUGUUUUACGACGAGAAUAAAAUUGAAACGAAACUUGGUGUCGAAGCCACUGCAUUGAACACGGCUCAGAAUAUUGUCAAAUUGAGCAAUAAUGAGGAAUUGAAAUACGAUAAUUUGUUCAUUGCAACGGGAAGUAAAGCACGAAUGCCCGAUGCACCAGGAUCUAAUUUAACAAACAUAUUUGUCCUCCGUGAUUACACCGAUGCAGCUCGAGUUCACCAAAAAUUGUCAUCGGACAAACAUGUCGUAAUUCUUGGACAGAGUUUCAUUGGUAUGGAAGCUGCUGCUUAUUGCGCUGGAAAAUGUGCUGAAGUUACUGUUAUUGGACGCGACAAAGUUCCUCUCAAGGCUGUUUUCGGUGAAGAUAUCGGGGAUCGGGUGAAACAAGAACACGAAAAAAAAGGUAUAAAAUUCAUAGAUGAAAUGAAUAUCGCAAGGUUCAUAGCGAAGGAUGAUGGCCAAACUUUGGGCCAAGUUGAGCUUACGAACGGGGUACUUCUUCAAGCGGACAUUGCUAUAGUAGGCAUUGGCUCGACUUUCUACACAGACUGGCUUAAAGAUUCAGCUCUCGAACUUAUGCCCAACGGCAGUGUCAUCGUAGAUAAGAAUCUCCGAACGACUGCAAGAAAUGUAUUUGCUGGUGGUGAUAUCGCAUGUGCUCCUGUAUUCGCUGCCCAGGAUAUUUCAGCCGCAAUCGGUCACUGGCCGUUGGCACAUUAUCACGGGAAAAUAGCAGCCUUGAAUAUCGUUGGAAAAGAAACUCCUCUUCGUGCUGUACCUUUCUUCUGGACCAUGCUCUUUGGAAAAGGUUACCGCUAUGCAGGUUUUGGUAGAGCAACGAGUCACAAGAUUUAUGGAUCGCUGUCUGAUUUGAAGUAUUUCGCUUACUAUUUCAACGAGGGUAGAGUAAUUGCUAUGAGCAGUUGUGGUACCGAUCCAAUUGUUUCGGACUUUGCUGAGUAUUUGCACGAAGGAAAGACUUUGACCGAAGCCGAAGUUACAGCGAAUCCAACUGGUUGGAUGCGGAACAAACCUAAAGAUUUGGACAAGCUAUUAUCCGCCUCAAAAACAGUUUUGUCCGCGAGCCACUCGAUCGGUGCUUUGUGCGGGAGUCAACAGCGAAAAGCUUAUCAUACGUUAGCUGUAAGGCAACGAGAUUUCUGUAAAAUGAGUGGAACUUUUGAACGAAUAACCCACUGUAAAAAAAUGUUCAAAUACGCCAAGUUUAUCGUCGGUUUUCGCAUUUAAAUAUUCAAACCAAAUUACUACAUUUGAGUUUUUUUAAACCGACGAUUUUUUGUAUGAAUUUCUAGUGAUUAUUUUUUCUCAGUUAAAUAUUGCAGUAAUUUUAUUGCACCUAUGUACUUUCAUAUAAAAGAUUUUUUAAUCAAAUCCACGAAAAAGUUGACCUAAUUGAAAAUAUCCAGAAGCAAAUGUUAGCAACUUUUACAUUCAAAAUGUUUAAUUUUUGAGUAAUUGUAGCUCAAAAAUAUUCUUUCAGUCGAUUGACAGUCAAAGAAAAAUUCUUGCAAGAUAAUCGAUUACGUAAUAAAAAUCUCUCUAAUUCUCAAAAAUGCUUGCAGAAAUGAUAUAAAACGAUAUGUUCAAGAAACACUGCGAGUUCUGGGAAGUGAAGAUUUGAAUGACGACGAUGAUUGAAGCUAGAAGAAUCGUCCAAUUCUAAUUUAUGAGCAUAUUAAUGCAAUCUUAUGAUAAACACAUGUGACUCUGUAUACAUACAUAAUUGAAUACAUAUUUAUUUAAUAUCGGCAGAAAUAA